AGUGUACCCGUACUGUGUUAUCUUGAUUUGUCAUGUGGUUAUGAGCCACGCAACUACGCGCUCACACACGUUCACCCGGCAUAAAAGAUUGAAUGAAAAACCCGUUAUUAAUCAAAUAAUAAAGAAAAGGAGAACGGGUCUCAUUUGACGUCCUCGUGUGCUCCCGCAGUUUUUUGUAUUCCUGUCUCUCCUGUGGUUUUUUUUUUGUUGUUGAAAGCGUCGUUGUUCUGUGCUGCUGCUCGGCUGCUACCGCUCCUAUUUAUCUUCUCUUCUAUUCUCCCCUUCCGUUUCUUUUUUCUUCUCUCUUUCUUUCUGUUGAUCGUCCUCUGGCUCGUUUGAGCGGGAGACCUUGCCCUUCGUUGUUCUUUGCUUUCCUCUUUUCUUUCCCUUUACCCUGUGUGCCUUGUGUGUGUGUGAGUGAGUGUAUCUGGAAAGUUAUUUUUGUUGUUUUUUUCCGCUCUUUCUAUGUAAACCAUUUUUUGUGUUUUACUCCGCUUCAGUGCCAUCUUCCUUGUCUUUUUGGUUUCACGUUUGCGCAUACGCUCACAUACACAUGUAUACAUCUUUUACUCUUUCUUUCAUCUUCUUGUAUACAUCCCCGCGGUCUUCCGCACGAGUUCGGGUUCUAUCCUCGUCAGCUCAUCUUCUCAACUCGUUGUUGUUGUUGUUGUUGUUGUUGUUGUUGUGUGUGUGUGUGUGGUUUCAUCCGCCUUUUCCAGUCGGUUGUGUCUCCACCUUCAUUUACCUUUCAAUUAUUUGGAUAUUCUUGGUGACUUCUUUUUUUUUCGACCUGGCAUUACUUUCUUUCCUUCUCUCCUUCUUUGGGAGCUGUUCUUCUUCACAUAUAAAUGGGAAGUACCACGUUGCCGAUCCGCGUGUGUGAGUGUGUUAGAGGAAAGUCUGCUGACUGAUCGAGGCUGGGUGCCAUCACAUUUUCUUUUUCCUUUUGAAUCAUUACUCUGUCGUGGCCCGCUCGUUGUCUCGCGCGCCCAACGCCUUUCUCUUCACAGCUCCUGCUAAGACAUUUAUUUAGGAGGGAGAGGGGAGGAGUUAUUGAUUAUUCUAUUAUUAUUACUAUUAUUAUAUAUCGCCCUCUCCGAUCAUCACCGCGCCUUCAGACACCCCGUCGUUGACUCUGCCGUUGCUGCCGUAGAGAAGCUGUUUCUUUUCUUUCCUUUGCUGGGUCAUCUUUGGCUUGCAGCGUGUGCGGGCGUCGUGAGUACCCCGUAAAAACCAGCCAAAAGAAAUAAAUACGAGCACGCACGAAAACAGAUAAAGUCAUCGCCUCGCCGCACCGCCCCCCGGUGAAGGAUAUAGAGAGAGCGAGGGAAAAGACAAAGCCUUUUCCUUCGCAUGAAUCGACGACGACGACCGCAGUCAAGCGCUCUCCUGCUGACAACGCCGCAGCCCACGCACGCCGGCGAUGAUGGCGGCGACGGCCGCGACGACUCCCCCUUCGCCGCCUUCGUGUUCCCCAUGCCCGCCGUCAAGAAGAACGCGCCACGGACGGGGCCCGGCGAGCCGAAGCGCGCGGGUCCGCACGGCAGCAAACGCAGCAACCCGUCAUCAGCCGUCUGCACUCCGUUCACUCGUAGUCGUUUGGCCACGAAAGGGGCACGAGGUCGGCCUUCGCCGCCGUCACCGCCGCCGCUGCCGGGGUGGCAGCCACCGCACGGUCUUGCGCCUGAGCCGGCUGCGAAGUCUCUCCCCACCCCCGCACCGCCCGAGCCCGUCCGCGUGCCUCGCCUGUCCUCCGGUGAGCUUUCUCGCCCCAGCGCAGGCGGCAGCAACCACACUAAUAAUAGUAGUAGUAGCGGCGACAACGACACACAUGCGAAUGCCGGCGGUGGUGGUGCCAAUAGCGGCAGCAACAACAGCGGUGCGGUCGCGCAGGCGGCGCCACGGUCUUCGCUUAAAAAGGCGGUCACCGCGGCAAUGUCGUGGUGGUCAUCGGCGUUGUCACCACGAACGGCGGAGGCCGCCAAGCCAAGCAACGUCGGAGUGGACUCCAAGCCGCCCGCCGUCCUGGCAUCCACCACCGCGAUCGCCACGGAGGAGACCGCAGACCAAGUGCUGCCAUCCCUUUCCUCAGCCCUGCCUUUACACGCUACUUCCAAUGCGAACGACAACGACCCCAACGGUGACAUCGACCUACAAGGCGAUGUGUCGGUGGAGUGGCUGAGCCUCGGGGGUCAUCAGGCGUCUUUCUGCAAUUUGGAAAGCCCACGCGACGCCACUUUUCUUGCCGACCUCGGCGUGUUUCGCGAGGGGGUAGAUUGGGAGCAGGUGGAUGCCGACCCGCGGGAGCUGCUUCACCAGCGCAACAUGCCGGUGGCGCCGGUCAUCACGUGUCCGCCAGCCAAGUCCAACGACGAGACAGGUCUAAACAGGACGAGAAAUACCAUCACCCCAGAGCAGCCGUCCUUUCUGCUUCAGCAGGAAGCUGUUGCUGAAACUGUCGCUGAUGCCGCUGCCGCACCUGACGUGGUCACGACGGAGAAAGUGAAGGAAAGCGCAGAAGAUGACCCUCCAGCUGCCCCAGCGAUACUCAAGGAAGGCGAAGCCAACAUCUUUGUGGCGGUCCGUCUACGCCCUUGCAGUAGCGAAGCGUGUGGAUCCAGGAGAACAUCCUCUUCCUCUGCCGCCGCCGCUGCCGCUGCUGCUGGUGGUGGUGGUGUUGGCGCGUCCGGUAACAGCGACGCCAGCUGCGUGCACGCAGAUGCCCGGCGCGGCUUUGUGGAUUGCAGCACCCCCGCACCAGCGAGCCUUCUCGGGGGCGGCAUCGGCAGUAAUGGUACUGCUGCUUUUGCACUCGCACCCUCUGCGGGUGCCGGCACUGUUGCUGCCAUGGCGAGCCUGGAGAAGUCCGACCCGGCGGCAGGCAAACGCACACGCACUCUUCGCUUCUUCUUCGACCACAUCCUCGACGAGCGCGUCACCCAACGAGACGUGAUGGAGCACAUCGGCCAGCGCGCGGUGGCGCACGUGCUGGCCGGCUACCACGGCACGGUGAUGUGCUACGGGCAGAGUGGCAGCGGCAAAACCUACACCAUUGUCGGCCCAAACGGCGGCAGAUUGGCGAAGAAGGCGCUGCGAUGGCGGGGGCCGUCAACACCGUCGGAGACCGCGCCGGCGCCGGAGGGCGAGGGCGAGUCUUCCCCCGCGCAGCCGUGCAGCGAGGGCGUGCAGAUUGCGUCGGAGGUCGGCUUGCUGCCGCGCAUGCUUCUCGCGCUCUUCCGCGGAUUGGAGGCCCAGCGCGUGGAGAGCGACAAGGACGGCGCGGAGAGCCCCGGGGACACGCGCGGGCCGCCUGCCUCGUGGAGGGUCACCUUCAGUGCGCUGGAGCUGUACAACGAGGAGCUGCGUGAUUUGCUGCCGCACGCCGUGGACGCCAAGCGGGCUACGCAGACGUCGAACACCGCAAAGGCGGUGAGGAGGAACAAGGCGGAGGACGCACCGCUUAACGGUGUUGGAAGCAGCAACAGAGGAGAAGAUGGCGAAGACACAGCAGGAGAAGGAGAAGAAGAAGGUGGGGUGAAGACCGCGACGACGGCGUUGGCGGGGAAGCGGCGGAGACGGGCGGGUCUGCCGAACGGUAGCCCGGCAACAAUACGCAGCGGAGAGGCAGCGACGUCGGCGGGCUUCCUUGUCUACCCCGGUUUGUUGACCUCUACGAAGGGAGGCACCAGCAAGACGAGACCGCACCACACACACUGUUGGAACGAGGAAGACCUGGAUGUGCUCAACGCGGUCUCGUCAUCGGACGAUGAGAGUGAAGCGGCAGACGGAGAGGAAUACGAUGACAGCGGAAGUGAAGGCACGAGCCGCAAUAGCAGCAGCGAGAAGCGGACAGGCAUGACCAGUACUGCCGCCGAACACGCGCGUCAGCAGCGUGAUGUGCAAGAUGGUCCGGAGCCCGAACCGUCACGCCCAACGACGAACGGCGAGGCAGACGCACCAGGGAGCGUGAGCGGUCGUGAGACGAUCGGCCAGCUCACCUCCGUCUCGCCAUCGCCGCCGCGGAGGAGCGACGACAGUAAUGGCAGUGGCGGCGGUGACGCCGUAGCGGCUGCGCCGGGGCUUGCUCCCGCGAAGAAACGCGCGGUGGUGGUGGUGGACUUGAAGGCGAACAACUACAUUAGCGGCGACAACACAAAAGCGAAGUCAAGCACUGCGUUGAGGACCCGCAUCGCACGUCGACUGCCCAAUUCGACCGCCUCCAAGUCCCCCUCGCCGCUGCAAAAGCUGCCCGUGAAAGGCAGCAACGGCGGCCUCAGUGCUGGUAGUCCCACGGGGAGUCGGCCCGGCCCACGCACCCCCACCAUCAUCCACAAGGCUGUCGCGAACCGCCGUCGCAACAGAAGCGCCAGCAACAACAGCGCGGGCCCGCUGGUCAUCCGACAGGGACAGCCCCCCGCGUCUCCCACCGUGAACGCCUCGACCGCCGCUGCCGCCGCAGCAUCCUUUGCAUACCCGACCACGAGCAGUGUGCGUUCCACGUCAGCCAAACCGCACACCGUCACCCGACCUCCACCACGCCGCCGUCGCGCCGUGCGCAGCGCAGAGGGCGCCGUCUACAUCGAAGGCCUCCGCGAGCACCCCAUUCGAGACCUGCACGAGGCGAUGCGCGCGGUGCGGCGGGCCCUGCAUCACCGGCAGAUGGCCAGCACCGAGCUGAACAGCGACAGCAGUCGCGCCCACACGUUCUUCUUCAUUCACGUCGAGCAGCGACAGCAGUCGCGGCGCGGCAGCGGCGGGGUUGGCGGUCACGACGACGCCGCGUCCGGGAAAACAGCAGACAGCCGUGCCGGUAAGCUCGUCUUCGGUGUCCGCCGCUCCACGCUGACGCUGGUGGAUCUGGCCGGGUCUGAGCGGGUGAGCCACACGGGCGCCCACGGUCUGCGGCUGACCGAGGCCCAAAGCAUCAACCUCUCCCUCUCCGCACUGGGCAACGUCAUGCGCGUAUUAAGCUCCGCUGCGUCGUUGGCCGCCGCAACCGCAACGGCGGGGGGCAUCGAGACCCACAUCCCGUACCGCGACAGCAAACUCACUCGCCUUUUGCAGAGCAGCCUCGGCGGCAACGCGAUAACCUUCCUGCUGUGCAACGUGUCGCCCGAUCAUCGCGAUGCCGCGGAGACGAUGUCGACGCUGCGCUUCGCGAAGCUGUCCAAGACGGUGAAGAACAAAGCGAAGCUGAACGAAAGCAUCGCCGUGGAGGACGACGCCGUAGCGAGGAACGGGAAAACCAGCAAGGCAGUCGCGGCAUUGGUGGAGAGCUGCAAGAAGGAGCAGCAAGCUGCCUUGGCGGCGGUGCUGGCGGCGGAGUCGAAGAUGAACCAGCUCGUUGCGGAUGCCGCCCUCAUGCAAAGUCGGAUGCAGCAGAUGGCCACCUACACGUGGUGGUUGGAGGAGCAGCUCGGCCACUUCGCGAGUGCGCGUGACGGCGGUAGCGGAGCUAUACGUAGCGGUAGUAGUGGAGAUGAGCCGCCCGCUCGAUACCCCGGCGUCACCGUUGCUGCCACGGCAGCGGCACCGACCUCGCUGAUGCGCCCAACGGGUGACGUGUGCAGUGGCGAAGGCGACAGCAGUGUGGGGCCGCUAAGUGAUACGGAGCGGGUGGUGGUGGGCGGCGGCGGCGGUGGCGACGGUGCCGCGCUGCUGGACGACGGGCGCGCCGCGGAGAAGCUGUCGGACAGUUCAUCGUGGUGGCGUCUCUCUCCUCGCCCGUCCUCCCCACCCCCAACAAUACCAACGACAACAGCAGCAGCAGCCUCCGGCGUGGAGGAUGGAAAUCGCGGAGGUCCUGGCGGCGACGUGGUGAAAAGUACUAUCAUUACUGCUGCUGCUGCUGCGUCGCUGCGUACCUCCUUGUCAUCUCCGUUUACGCAGUACUGGCAGAGUCCGCCGGUGCGGGCGUUUUUUGCGCCGUCGUAUUCGCUGAGGAAGCGUCAGCGCACGAUGCAGCAGCGGUUGAUCGCGGCGGCGGCAGUGGCCGGGCUGACCUACUCGCCUGCCCUCCCACCACCACUGACGUCUGAGGAGGAUGCGCAGGCGACAGGGGCGCAAGCGGCGUCGUCGCAGACUCCUGUCUCAUGGUCAGCACCCUUAGCUUUUCUCGCUACUUUAACGGGGGGCGGAAGAGGAACGGAGAGGAUCAGCUCCUCCACUGCUGCGCCGACCUGUACGACGAUUCCAUUAGCAUCCGUGCCGGAGGGUUUCCGUGCGCACGAGGAUGAGCAGCAGCGUCUGACCGACCCCAGCACGAACGCGCAACUGCACAACACUCUCAACAGCAGCGCCGUCUUUGUGUCGGCGAGCUCGUUGGCGGGGAUGAACUCGCCAUCUUCGAGCACCCUGACCGAUGCGCUGCCGACGCAGUCGCAGCAAUCCUUCCAGUUAACUUCGCCCCUCACGACGCUUCCCUCCAUGGUUCCAUCUGCUGCGGUCUCCACUUUGCCGCAGCGGCAGCAUCAACAACCGUCGUGGUCUUCGCCCGUCUCGAACUUCGCCGCUGCGUUUGCGGAGGAGCGCCGCAUCCGUGCGACAGUGCAAGGGCGGCUGGGCGAGGUGGAGCAGCAAAACCUCUUCCUACGCCUGCUGCUGUCCUCUCUGCAGCAGCAGCAGCAGAAACGAGAGGAGAGCAGAGAGGACCCUGCCACCGACGCCGUCGAGAGCCGGUCUGCAGACGCGUCAACGGCGACGGGCGUCGCGAAUGAUCGGCCAAGUGUGCUGCUGAUGUCGCCGUCGUGCAACGCCACUGCCUCGCCACAGCCGCUUCCGCCCCUUCAGUGGCCGCCGCAUUACAGCCGCGUGUCUGGCGCGGCCGCACUGGACACGUUUGUCGCACGAUGCGGCUUUUUGCCGCUGGAAGCAGUCGCUGCGGGGGCCGCCUUCACGCUGCCCGCCACGCAAGCCCCCUCCCCACCACCUCAUUUAGCCACUCCAGCGGACGCACCGUUGCCGCACAGAAUCACCGUGGAUCCCUUGUCGGUGCACGCGCUGCGCGAAGGCAGUGCGGCUCGGGAGGUCUCUCCAUGGAACGACCGCGUCCGAGCCACCGCGGGACAUAACAGCAGUAGUAAUCAGAAUGCGGAGAGUCAUGAGGAAGAGGAGGAACAGAGCGCUGAGGGUGUCUUCUCCAGCGCCUCCUCCUCCUCCGUCUCCUCUGUGCUGGCCGUUGUCAACGCGUCCAUGAACGCGCUGCGUGGUGAACUCCCACUGAUUAGUACCCCUGUGCGGCCCACAACGAGCAGUAUCUACUGCGGCCGCGGCAGCAGCUCUCUGCGUCGCUCGCGGGCAAUGGACUCACCGGACUCGCCGGACGCGUCGCCUGGGUGGGGGCAGCAGCUGCUGGACAGCGUUCGCACCACGGUGGAGACGGUGCGGGCCAUGAGCCUGCACGAGACCUUCUACGACCCCGAGGACAUCAACGCCUCGGCGUGA